AACCAUCUGGACCGGCUGAGCCUGAAGAACCAUCUGGACCGGCUGAGCCUGAAGAACCAUCCGGACCGGCUGAGCCUGAAGAACCAUCCGGACCGGCUGAGCCUGAAGAACCAUCCGGACGGCUGAGCCUGAAGAACCAUCCGGGACCGGCUGAGCCUGAAGAACCAUCCGGACCGGCUGAGCCUGAAGAACCAUCCGGACCGGCUGAGCCUGAAGAACCAUCCGGACCGGCUGAGCCUGAAGAACCAUCCGGACCGGCUGAGCCUGAAGAACCAUCCGGACCGGCUGAGCCUGAAGAACCAUCCGGACCGGCUGAGCCUGAAGAACCUUCAUUGCCCGGACCGGCUGAGCCUGGGGAUCCUGCAGUGUCUGAACCAGCUAAGCCUGAAGAACCUCGGGUAUUGUCUCAGACACACGCCAAGGCAAAUGAGCCUGUGGUUUCAGCAACGCUUGCCGAAUCGACAGUCCCAUGUGUCUGUGCUGCCAUUUCAAAGAUGGAAGAGCCUUGGUUACUGCUGCCAUCACCAGCAUAUGCCAAGACAACAGAACCUAUGCUCUCUCCUGUAUCACUAGAACAUUGCAAGUUGGCAGAACCUUGGGAGUCUGUGUCAUCCCCACCAUCUACAAAGUCUGCAGAGGCUCAGUUAUCUGCAGCACUUAAAAUGCAGGAUCUAUAUGUUAAAUCAAAAGAACCUCAUACAUCAGUGGCAUCACUAGUGUGUGCCAAAUCUGAACCUCUGGUGUCUGCAAUUAUUAAAUCUGAAGAUUCCCUAGUGUCCACAUCACCAGCACUUGCCAGGUCAAUAGAGCCUCUGGUAUCUUUUCCAGCACCUUUCAGAUUGACUGAUCCUCUGUUAUCUUCAGCACCAGCAAGUGCUGAUUCUUCAGAAUCUCUGACAUUUGCUACAUCGUCACCUGCAAAGUUCACAGGAGAAAAUCUUGUAUCUUCAUCGCCAGAGCCUCUGGUAUCACCAGCACGUUCAGAGUCGACAGCAGAAUCUCUGGUAUCUUCUUCACAGACACCUACCAAGUUGGUAGAACCUUCAGUAUCUUCAUUGUCUGCACAUGCCAGGUGUGCAGAGCCUCUUGUAUCUACAUCAUCACCAUCUACCAAGUCAACAGGAGAACCUCUGGUAUCUUCAACUACAUCUAUAAAGUAUGGAGAACCUCUGGUAUCUUCAACCCAUAUAAAGUCUGGAGAACCUCUAAUACCUGUGUCACCACCAUCUACCAAGUCUACAAAUUCUUUACGAGCCAAGAGCUUGGAGAAGCCUGCUGUUCGGGAACUACCAGCAUCAGUUGCCCUUCUGUGUGGUUUGGGUGUUGUUGCUCCAACUAUGCCUGUUACCCAGCAGCCUCUAGAGUGUGAACAAUUCAGAGAUCAACAUGAAGAAAAGGAGCAAGCGAUAGCUCACGUGGUUAAUGGGGAACAAACAGCCUCCCAUCACUCGGAUGGAGUAGGACAAUUCAAAGACCAGCUAAGUAAUGGAAAACAGACAUUUGCCAAACUUGCAGUUGAAGUGGAACAUCUUGAAGAUCAGCUCACAAGCAGGGAACAAACUGUUGCCCAGCUGACAAAUACACUGGGACAUCUUACAAACCAACUCUCACUGAAGGGUCAGGAAGCUGCCCAACUCACAAGUAAGGUGGGGAGUCUAACAAACCAGGUUAAGAAUGGCGAGCUGACAGUUGCCAAGCUCUCUGUAGAUAUAAACAAACUCCAGCUUCAGCUUUCGCACAAGGAAGAAGUGAUCAUUCAUCUUAAGCAGAAAGAAAAAACUGAAAUACAGCUCAGAGAGGAAGUAGGUCAUCUUACAAACCAGCUCACACUCAAAGACCAAGCAAUUUCCCAGCUCUCUGCUGAGCUUGGGAGUCUGAGAGACCAUCUCACAAAUGGCAAAGAGGCACACACUCGUCUCUCUGAUGAAUCAGAUCAUCUCUUGGAUAAGGAACAGACAAUUGACCAGCUCACAAAUGAUUUGGAAUGUCUUGCAGACCAGCUUACAAACAAGGAAGAGAUGGUCACUCAGCUCACAAAGAAGGUGGAACAAUUUACAGAUAAGCUCUCGGACAAGGAAGAAACAGUUGCUCAGCUCACAAAUGAAGGUGAAAACCUCCUGGAUAAGCUGGCAAAUAAGGAAAAGACCAUUAUCCAGCUAACGGAAGAAGUUGGACAUGUCAAACAUCAGCUCACAAAUAGGGAAGAGACAGUCACCCAGCUAACAAAGAAAGUGGGAGAUCUCACAGACCAGCUCACGAAUCUGGCAGAGAAAGUGACCCAGCUAACUGAUGAGGUGGGACAUCUCUCAGACCAGCUGAAAAAGAAAGAGGAGACAGUUGCCAAGCUUUCUAAGGAAGAGGAACAGCUAAGAGAUGAGCUGUCAAACAGGGAAGAUACAAUUACCCAGCUUGGUAAUGAGGUUGGGUAUCUCAUAGACCAGCUCACAGAUGGGGAAGAGACAGUCAUUAGACUCUCAAAUGAAGUCAGAAGCAGAGAAGAGACUGUUAACCAACUUACUAACCAGAUGGGGCACAUUUCAGAACAGAUCACAAAUAGAGAAGAAACUCUCUCUCAGCUCACAAAGGAAGUGGGGCAGCUCAGAAGUGAGCACUCAGAGAUGGAAGCGACAGUUGCUCGCCUUACAAAUGAGCUUGCUAACAAGGAAGAAAGUAUUGCAAGUCUCACUGAUGAGGUGGGAUCACUCUCAGAUCAGCUUGCAAACAAGAAUGAUAAAGUUGCUCAGCUUGUUAAGGAUGUGCAAUAUCUCUCAGAGCAGCUUCGAGAUAGGGAAGAAAGACUCGUCCAUCUCACCAACAAGGUGGGAUCUCUCUCGCACCAGCUGUCUGAUCCCAACACUUCAGCUUCUCUUGAUCAGAAACACCAGGAAGCAGUAGCCCUAGCAGAGUUGAGGCAGCAGAGUGAAGCCAAAGAGCAGGUUGUCAUAAUGCUUAAAGAGAGGCUCAACCACCUGUCGCUUCAGCUGGUAGAGAGCGACAGGUUGGCACUGAAGUGGGAGGCAAGAAAUAAGGAGCUUAGCCAGAGACUUGAGACAGAGAAGAGAUGCAGAGAAGAGGAGAGAAUGAGGCAACAAGAGAACUCCUCUCUACCCUUGGUGCAACAGGUUAGCAGCAAGUUUGCAGAUAAGGAAGUUUGUGCCAGAAGCAAGGGUGAGGCAACUGCGGUCUUUCCCAACCUAGGCAGCACUAGCUACAUAAAUUCUGUUGUCCAGUGUCUCUUCAGCAUAAACGUUUUUAAAGAUUACUUCAUCCAGGACUCGUACAGGCAAGAUGUGAAUGAGAACAGUGAGCAUCAUGGACGUGUUGCCAUAGUCUUUGGCGAGGCCAUGAAGGCCUUCCAUUCUGGCCAAAGCACUGUUGAGGCUGUCAGAACCUUAAAGGAAGUGAUAGAGAGCUGUAACAAGGAAAUACACAGUCACCUGCAUCAGCCACAGCCACAGGAAGGCUGUGAUCUUCUUGCUUUACUUCUAACUCAACUGCAUCAGGACCUGACCCCUAUCACUAAAUUCCGGUGUAGCCUCAAGCACAGUCGGGAGCCAGGAGGCAGGUGCUCAUCUGUGGUGUCACAAGUGUUCCACGGUGUGCAAGAGACUCAAGUGACCUGCAGGAGAAGUGGCCUUGUUGUAGCUCGCAGCAGGGAGCACUUCCCCAGCAAGACUAAGGAGAUUAGAGUUGGGUUUCCCCUUAAAGACUUCAGUCUUCAGAAGUUCACCUUGCUCAGUUCUCUCAAUAGUGUGUACAGUCUGUGGGCUGUGUGUGGCCAACGAAAUGAUGAGACUGGUACCAAUGGCACAUUGGACAGUACCAAUACCAGCCUUGACACCACUGUUAGCAGCGUUCCUACCGAUAUUGAAGCCACAUCCACCACCAGCUUUACUAUGCAUACAAGCAACCACACUACUGCCAGUUGCAUUCCCUAUAGUGCCUUCUAUCGUGGUCAGGGUGAGAGAUGGAGACAUUGUGGCGGGCAAGUGCAAGAGGAACAUCUUGACACACUUCUGCAAGACUCCCAUCCCACCAUACUGUUCUAUAUUGCACAAAACUGAGACAUCCUUCUUUGUUGCUGUAGCUUUCCAUAUUUAUUUACAUAGCGGAUAACCAUUUUAAUCUUUGUCUUCCUCUUGAACUUCCUGUGUUUCUUCUAUACAUCAGCUAAUUAACCCAUUUGUGGCUGAAUGACUUGGGCAACACAGGGCAAAAUGUAUGGUCAUCCCCCAAAGAUGUGUAAAGUUAACUAUACUAAAUCUAACAAGAUUAAUGACUGUUCUUGCAGCUUUGUUGAAAGCUUCACUUUUUUUUUUUUUGAGUCAUAUUAUCCAAUUGUGUCAAGAGAAUGCUACAUAUUAGCAAGUGACUUAAGAAUCUUGAUGCUGUAUUAAAUUCCUUGAACAGAUACCUCUGUGUGCAGCAUAAAUGUCAGAUAAGGGCCUAUUCACAGCAUUUCUACUGUGUAUUACAAGGUGCUGUGGGUUCUUUACCACUUUUGAGACAUAACUCGAUGCAGCUGUUGAAAAGAAAAUUUGGAGGACUCCCGUUAUAUUUCAGUGCUUACACAUGAUACAUUUGAUGUACAGCUUAAUGCAGAGGGUGGUAGCCUCCAACAAUAAAAAGAUUGUUCUAGUUAAGGCAGGGAGGAAUACAAUAUUUGCUUUCCCUAAUAAAUAGGGAAUGGCAGACUAUGCUAUGCAUGCCCUAAUUGUCUUGUUUGUACCAGUCAGUAUCAUUAUCAUGUAUCCCUCGCACUUUUGUAUACACAACUAUAUUGCCAUAUAAAUUACCAUUGUAUGUUUAUACCACAUAUGGAUGUAAUUAUGCAAUAAAGUUAUUAAAAUUG